GUCUUCACCACUGUCCGAAACCAUGGCACGUCCAAUGCCGCGUCUCUUUCUCAUCCGUCAUGGAGAAACUGAAUGGUCCUUGAACGGGAGGCACACCGGUCGCAGUGAUAUUCCUCUUACGGCACGGGGUGAAGAACAAAUCAAAAGCAAGGCUCAGAUCUUAGUUGGUGACGGAAAGAUCAUCGAUCCUAAGAAUCUUUGCACUGUCUUCGUCUCUCCUCGCCAGCGAGCCCACAAGACAUUUCACCUUCUCUUCGACCACGUCGAGACGCCACACCACAUUAUCACGGAAGAUGUCCGAGAAUGGGAUUAUGGUCAAUACGAAGGGCUUCUGUCAUCUGAAAUUCAAGCCCGCGAUCCGGGCUGGAAGAUCUGGAAAGAUGGUUGCCCCGACGGUGAAGGUGUAGAAGAGAUGCAGAAUCGUGUCGACCUUGUCAUCAAGAAUGUCCGUGAAUAUCACCGGCAAUACAAGGAAGAGGGUCUCAAUACCCGUGAUGUAGUCAUCGUGGCACACGGGCACUUUAGUCGCGUUCUUUUGGCUCGUUGGAUCCGCUUUCCCCUCCGUCUCGGUACAAAUUUCAACGUAGAGCCUGGAGGGGUCGCCGUGCUUGGAUACAACCACAAUAAUUUGGAAGAGCCGGCGAUGGACGCCUUGAAUUUAUAUGCAGACCUCAAAUAGCAAAGUUUUUGUGAUUGUAGUACUAAUA